GUGCAGCCUCCAGAUCCGGCCAGCAUCCGUGUGCUUCGGGGCCACCAGUUGCCUGUGACCUGCCUGGUCAUCUCUCCAGAUGACAGGUUCAUCUUUUCCGCUUCUAAGGACGGCUCCGUUAUCAAAUGGGAGGUGGAGAGUGGGAAGAGGCUGUGCGUGGUGCCCGGGGGGAAGAAGGGCACCGAGGAGCGGCACAUGGGGCACGCGUCCCACGUCCUCUGCAUGGCCAUCUCCUCGGACGGCAAGUACCUGGCCACGGGAGACAGGAACAAGCUGAUCAUGAUUUGGGACACAACCACCUGCAAGCGACUACACAUCUUCACUGGACACCGCGACGCCGUCUCGGGUCUGUCCUUCCGGAAGGGCACACACCAGCUGUACAGUGCCUCCCAUGACCGCUGCGUCAAAGUCUGGAACGUGGCAGAGAACGCAUAUGUGGAGACCCUGUUUGGGCACCAGGACGGCAUCAUGGGGCUGGACAGCCUGAGCCGGGAGUGCUGCGUGACGGCAGGGGGGCGCGACGGCACCGUGCGGCUCUGGAAGAUCCCCGAGGAGUCGCAGCUCGUGUUUUGUGGGCACCAGGGCUCCAUCGACUGUAUCCAGCUCAUCAACGAGGAGCACAUGGCAUCAGGCUCUGAUGAUGGGUCCGUAGCCCUGUGGGGGCUGACGAAGAAGAAGCCACUGGCACUGGCCCAGCAGGCACAUGGCAUGCAGGACGCUCAGGGCUUGCAGCAGCCAUACUGGAUCUCAGCGGUGGCUGCCCUGCGCAACAGUGACCUCCUGGCUACAGGCUCCCACAAUACCAGUGUGAAGCUCUGGAAGUGCGGUGAUGGAUUUCGGAAGCUGGAGCCCCUCUGUGACAUCCCCUUGGUAUGGAUGGGGGGGAUGCCCUCAGUCUCUCUCAUCUACAGGCUUGGACGAUGGUGGAGAGUCAAAGAAGCCAAAAACAGCAUCUGCAUCAUCCCGCUGAAGCGGAGGGCCGCAGCCCCCAGCUCUGAAGCCCCUGACAGCUCCUAG